AUGUCUCAGCCAGAGUCCGCUUCGGCCCCUUUUCCAAAGGAGAAGACUUUCAGCUCCUACAACAAGGAACAAGGCAAAAUCUACGCCCAAGUUCGCCGCGACUACCAUCCAAAGGUGUAUCAAACCGUCCUUGACCAUCACAAAUCCACUGGGGGUGGUCUCGACACACUGCUUGAUGUCGGCUGUGGCCCCGGCCUUGCGGCUCGUGGGCUCGCAUCUCACUUUGCUCACGUCCUCGGCCUGGAUCCUUCCGAAGGCAUGCUCGCCAUCGCUCGCUCCCUGGGUGUCGUCUCCUCCACCUCUGAACCCGCACGUUUCGAAAUCUCCACGGCGGAGGAACUCGGAGCCAACCUUUCUCCACCGGUCCCAGAUGCUAGCGUCGACCUCAUCACUGCCUCCAAUGCCGCUCACUGGUUCGACAUGUCUGGCUUCUGGCCCAGCGCCGCCCGCGUCCUCAAACCGGGAGGCACUGUUGCCAUCUGGACGAGCGGCGAGAUCCGUGCUCACCCGUCCAUGCCCAACGCUGCCGCCAUCCAAGCGGCCUUUGACGAGCACCAGGAGCGUGACAUGAAGGCCUAUCUCGAGCCAGGGUCCCUCAUUGUGCGCGGCCGCUACGUUGAUCUCCCCCUUCCGUGGACUCUACCCCAGCCCGUUGUUGAGUUCGACCAGACAACAUUCGUUCGCAAGGAGUGGGAUCCGAAUGAAGACUUCUUUGUGGGCAUGCCUGAAGCGGACCUGGACGUGUUCGAGAAGGUGAUGGCGACGGGGAGCGCAGAGACGCGUUGGCGCCAGGCGCACCCAGACGACGUCGGCACGGAACGGGACGUCCUCAAAAUCCUGCGCAAGAAGAUCGAGCAGCUGUUACAUGAGGCGGGCGUGGAGGAAGGGAAGGAGAAAAUGAAGGCGGCUGUAUACGGCGUGUUGUUGUUGGUCAAGAAGAAGGCCUAG